UUUUUUAGCUCUUUAACUCUUUGUUGCAUAUCUCUUUUAGAGAAAUUUCCUCGGAUGCCUGUCCUUCUCAAAAUGAGUGUUAGUCUCACCUUCUUAAGAAGACCUUUUGCUAGGUUUUUCAUGCCAUUUACUCUUCAAAGGAAAAGAAGAGACUUACACUCAAUAAUUCUGCAGAGAUCCAUGUCUUACAAAACACCGGCUGUGUCCUAUCCUAAUAAGGAGAAUACAUCAUCUCCGGACGAGCUACAAUUGGAUGCAUGGAAAACGACAAUGAAAUCUAGUGUGCAAGGUGUUUCAACGGUUUCAAGUAGCACCGAUGAAGACCCUGUAGCUGCCACAAAAGAAUUGAUUGAGGUGUGGAGAUUGCUUGGCAAAGAAGUACCAGAACACAUCAGUGAAGAAGACCUCAGAGUCAUUAUGGAAAAUACUUCUAAGACAUCAAAAAAGAAAUAUUUAAAAUAUUUAUAUACUAAGGAAAAAUUGAGAAAAGCUAAGCAAGUAAAAAAGGAAAUGAAAGCUGCAGCAAGGGAAGAAGCAAAAAAAGACCAGCUCCUAGAGACCCCUGAGGAAGGUACACAGCGAAACUUCCUCUUUCUGCGGCUUUGGGACAGGAGCAUGAGCAGCGCAGUGGGCUGGAAGGGAGCACAGGCCAUGCAGUUUGGACAGCCCCUAGUGUUUGACAUGGCUUAUGACAGCCACAUGAAGCCAAAAGAGCUGCAGAACUCCGUCUCCCAGCUUCUGGAAAGUGAAGGGUGCAACAGAAGAGAUGUUGAUCCUUUCCACCUGUACUUCUGCAAUCUCAAAACAGACAGUAAUUCUCAUACAGAGUUGGUUAAACGUUACAAAGAGAAAUGGGACAAACUGCUUUUAACAACAACAGAUAAGUCUUAUGUAGAUUUGUUUCCAAAAGGCAAUAUUAUCUACUUAACUGCGGAUUCUCCCAAUGUUAUGACUACUUUUAAGCAUGACAAAAUUUACAUAAUUGGAUCUUUUGUCGAUAAAAAUAUGCAGCCUGGUACAUCACUUGCCAAUGCAAAACGACUAAAGCUGGCAACAGAAUGCCUUCCAUUAGAUAAGUAUUUACAGUGGGAAACUGGCACCAAAAAUUUAACAUUAGACCAAAUGAUGCGUAUUUUGUUAUGUCUGAAAAACACGGGUAGUUGGGAAGAGGCUCUGAAGUUUGUGCCCAGGAGAAAACAUACUGGUUAUCUGGAUAUUUCUCAACAUUCUGAAGCGUUUUCCAAGCACUUGAAGAACUCAAAGACUAAUAAUGUGUUUUCAAAGGCUCUGAGUGUGCGCACCAAGAAGCUAGCUUGAGUGCUAAAGCCUGAUAGUGUAAAAGGUAAAUGGAUAGGAAUAAAGUCCUAUUAUUUGUGUAUUUCUCCCUGAAUCAAA